GAAGGCGGUAUUAUCCGAUGAAAAGACUAGGAUGCGUUGCAGCACACCGCCACAGCGUGUCUUUCUCCUCGCAAACUUACCAUCCCGCGUUAGCGCAGCGGAGGAAACGACAGCAUCUCUCAUUUCACUAGACGACGAAAACAAUGACGCUAACUCCAGCUGCACCGAGUCCGCUCUGAGAUUUACGCAAACCAUCGCUGUAUCAUCAUCAUCAUCAUCUACGCGGAGCGGGACGGGACAGGUGCACGGGGCGCUGGGCUACGUGACAAAGAAGACGAGAGCAGAGACCCGCUUCUUUCUAAAGUUUAACCCCCCACAAACACCGAGACACCGCGACAGUCGUCUUCUCCGCUGGGUUUCUGGCGCGUUUCCCUGUGCGUAAAAGCGCACGAGCCUCGGCGGAUUCCAAGAGUGACUUCAUUACAACAUCACAAGCUGCGCGCGGAACACACAUCGCCGAGCAAGCGCGUUCCCACAGAACUACACUGAUAUAUUUCCCAUCUUUAUCUAUGACAACUCGUGAGUGCAUUCAUCUCCAGAUGGCUGAAUUGAUUUAAAUGAUCUCCGGCACUCGAUCUAGCGCGUGGGAAUCACAAGGAGAGGACAAUGUUGUUGAAGGAAUACCGGAUAUGCAUGCCACUAACAGUGGAAGAGUACAGGAUUGGUCAGCUGUACAUGAUCAGCAAGCACAGCAAUGAGCAGAGCGAGAGAGGAGAGGGUGUGGAGGUGGUGCAGAACGAACCCUAUGAGGACCCCAACUACGGCCCGGGACAGUUCACUGAGAAACGCAUUUAUCUCAGCAACAAGCUUCCCAGCUGGGCCAAAGCUGUGGUGCCCAAAAUCUUCUAUGUGACGGAGAAAGCGUGGAAUUAUUAUCCCUACACCAUUACCGAGUAUACAUGCUCUUUCCUGCCAAAGUUCUCCAUCCACGUCGAGACAAAGUAUGAAGACAAUAAAGGCAUCAGUGACAAUAUCUUUGAUACAGAGCCUCGAGAUGAAGAAACGGAGGUGUGCUUUAUUGACAUCGCCUACGACGAGAUCCCAGAGCGCUACUACAAGGAGUCCGAGGACCCACGAUACUUUAAAUCAGAGAAGACAGCCCGGGGUUUGCUGCAGGAGGGCUGGAGGGACACACAGGAUCCCAUUAUGUGCUCCUAUAAGCUAGUAACGGUGAAGUUCGAGGUGUGGGGACUUCAGACACGCGUGGAGCAGUUUGUGCACAAGGUGGUGAGAGAUGUGCUGUUGCUGGGUCAUAGACAGGCUUUCGCUUGGGUUGAUGAGUGGAUUGACAUGACAAUGGAGGAAGUGAGAGAAUAUGAACGAGCCACUCAAGAAGCCACCAAUAAGAAGCUGGGAACCUUUCCGCCUGCUAUUGCCAUCAGCGAGACGCCCCUGCCAUCCUGUGCUCGUAGCGGUCCAUCAAGUGCUCCCUCCACACCCCUUUCCACCGAAGCUCCAGACUUCCUUUCUUUGCCCAAGGACAGACCACGGAAGAAGUCCGCUCCGGAGACCCUGACUCUUCCCGACCCAGCACGGAGAGACUCUCUCUUCCGCUUUCCCAAUCUCUUUUCCUGGGGUCCCAGCACCCCGCAGCCUGAGUAAACCACAAUUCUGGCCUUAGUUUAUAAAAACAUACCCCGGAAAAGUGUCUGUUUUGACCCAAUCGAAUCAGUCUCUCUUUAAAUACUGAGAGAUACUUACAGUUUCCCAAACCCACACACACAGAGUGGCUUUUCAACCUCUCCAACCUCAUGUUUUACACUGGGAGUUAAUUUACAAUAGGCCAAAAAGUGCAUUCGGACUUACAAAAACAUUACAGACCACUGUUCAAAAUAUCUCAGGAGUUGUCCCAUUGAUAGAUUUUUUUGUUGUUGUUGUUGUUUUUGUUCCUUCUGGCUGAGCCAUUUUUCCUACAUAUGUUGAAUACGGUUAGGAUUUGUAGCCACCGUUGUUUUGCUGUAGUGCUGUAUUUAAUAGUAUAUUCUGCUCGGUUAAUAUUUCAGUUGUGAUAUUAUGUUAAGUGACUUUAUCCUCAGGCUUCUCAAUUUCUCACUCCAGUUAACCAGUGUUUGACAUGUACUGUAAAUAUCUCAUUUCUAAGAAUGUAGGGUUCAUUUUGAUAGUGCUUUUGCUGUGCUCUUGUCUUUAACUUUGAUCAGUUCCAUUCCCACAGACUCCGAAAAACCAAGUGAUACCAGUUUUACUGGCCUAGCACUUUUUUUGAUCUGUUGUUAGACAAAACGAACUGGAACUUGUCUGUACAUACUGUAGUUUAUCUUUAUAAAUAUAUAUAUAUGUUAGGUUGAGGAGCAUCUGCCAUGUAACUGAGUAUGCUGUUCUACAUUAUAUGUUCUUGGUUGGGAUUAAUGUGAUGCAUUAUUAUCCAUGAAUAUGAAUUAAGUCCUCAAGGAAUGCUUGAUAAUUAGAUUGUUGUAUAAUCUCUGAGCUCUAAGGAAUGUUUUGCUGCUGCUGGCCAAUGUAUACUUUGUAAAUGGAAAAGCUCUUGUACUCUUGCUGGUUCCCGCGGAUCUGUUCUUUUAAACUUAAACACUCUUUUCUAAAGGAUUCAGAAAUGCACAUGCCAAAUCUUGGGAACUCAUGCUUUUGAUGUCAACUGCCAUUGUGAAAUUAAAGCAUUUGCUAACAA